UGGCGGGGUGAAGUCCAGAGUUGAAAAGGUCACAGAGCUCCGCAGGACGACACGUUUAAACAGAUCUCCAACAUGUCUGAAGUGAGCCAGCUGCCUGCGGACCCCAUUUCUGCAGUUGGAGUCAUCACUUCGCUCAGCAAGGCCCCUGAUGGCUACUAUGUUGUUACACAAACAACAGAUGGCUCUGAUGCCGACCUGUGGAAGGACGGCUUAUUCAAAUCCAAGGUCACUCGCUACCUCUGUUUCACCAGAGAAACUGGGCCCGAUGUUGUUGUGGACAUGAAGCUGACUGACAUUAAGGACACGUUGCCAGAGGGCUUCACACCUGUGCAAGAAACAAUGGAUACAAAGGAAACUGCCAUGAGGAAGAGGAGGCUGUGUGUGAAAAUCAGCCCUCGUGCGGCUGCUGAGACAGCUGUAUAUGACAUCCAGAUGAUUGCGAAGUCCAAAUACCAUCUUGUUAACUACACCUGUAUAGGUGAGAUUAACAAUAUGGGAAUAUGGUAUCGAAUGGGAGAUGUUCCUCAGGAUCAGUCGUCCCGGGAAACGUCCAUCACAGCCAACGCUAAUGCCCCGUCCAACACAGAAAGGAAGACCACGAUCAGGCCGCAUUAUGAGAACCAGAACAGUGGGAGCUACACCACAACAGCUCUGGAUGAUGUGCCCUUUAUGAUCCCUGAGAAGUUUUAUGACAACCCCGAGGAGAUGCAGCAAGUCAAUUUAACGGGCAUUACGAUCAAAUCCCUGGCAGAGAUCGAGGAGGAAUUUCACUACAGCUUCAGCACAGAGCGAAGCAUUGCCGUGUAGCUUUCCUUACAGCCCUCUCAAGCUGACAGAGCCACAAGCACCGGAAAAGUACUGAUGGACCAAAAAGAUCAUUUGGAAAAAAAAAAAAAGUAAUAAAAUUAAGGAAGAUUUGGGAUGAACUGCAAAUGUAUAGUAUGUAAUAUUAGACAGAAAUUGUGUUUUUAUUUUAACAGAUUUUAUGGCAAUGAUUAAGUUCUUGAAAUAUUUUUGAUAAUAUACAACCUUGAAUAUUAAAUGCCAGACAUUUUUCAACUUC